ACUCCUUUGCUUUUGGCUUGCGAGUACCCUUGGACACCUAAAAAUCUGUACAGACCCAAACUGGACGCUCUCCUCAAGGCAGGUGUGCGCACUUUUAUUGAUCUCACUGAGUGUGGAGAGCUUUCCCCUUACUCGAAUAUCCUCUGUGGGCGUGCGGCUCUUCUUGGCAUCGACCCUGCAACGAUUGAGUAUCACAACUUUCCUAUCCGUGACCGAUCGUUACCACAAAGUGCCGAGUCCAUGAAUUAUGUCCUGGACGUCUUGCGUGACAAUGAGGUUCGAACAAGAAUCAGCGCGGUUCACACUCGAGGUGGUAUUGGUCGUACGGGUAUGGUCAUCGGUUGUUGGCUCGUUCAAUCAGGAAUUGCGAAGGACGGCGACGAGGCACUUCAGAUCAUCGCAAAGGAGUGGUGUACUGUCGAGAAAUGCAAACGCUUCUCACAUAGCCCAGAGACAGGCCCUCAGUUCCAAUUUGUC